GUAAGAUGAAAGAACCGAUGCACAGUGCGACCUGAGAGUUCCAAGCUCUUCACGAUGGCUCGCGAUAUAAAGUGGGGUCUCUGCGCCCUGCUCCUACUUGUGUUUGUCACUGCCCUUUCGGCAGCACCAGCUACAGAAGUGACCAAAGCGGUAAAUGAUGCGGAGGACACGACUCUACCGACUGAAAUGAAGCCUCCUCCAGCGCCGGAGGGGCUUCCAGGAUCAGAAAAAGAGGACCACCAGUACAUGGUCUUCGUCAUAAAUCUUUUCGGUUUGAAAAAUGCCAGCGGCGAGACCUCCGACGAAAUAUUCGAGAACAACGUCAUUAACAAAGUCCCAGAAUUAUCAGGACCAUUGGCAACUGUGCUGUUAAUCGUCGAGGUCGACGACGAUGACGAGGAGACCGAUGCACCGGUAGACCUUGACGUGGUUGCUGAUGACUUACAGAACAGCGAAGGUAUCAAUGUUGAGAAGAUAGCCCACGCUGGCGAAACGAAAGUGCUCCGAGUGAAGCUCGACAAGGAAGAUGUUGAAGGCCUGUCACCCAAAUACGAAAAGAUCAAGAAGUCACGCAGCAAGAGAACGCCGUGCCUUAAGUGUGCUCUGCUGAUGUUGAAGGGCGGUGGUAACGGUCUUGGAGGCUUUGGAGGAGGAUACGGAGGUGGCGGUGGAUUCGGAGAUGGCGGAUACAAAGGUUUAAGUGGCGGCGGUUGCGGAGGAGGCGGAUGUGGAGGAGGAUAUCCUGGCGGAGGUGGCUACGGAGGAGGAGGAUAUUCUGGCGGAGGUGGCUACGGAGGAGGAGGAUAUCCUGGCGGCGGAGGUGGCUACGGAGGAGGAGGAUAUCCUGGCGGCGGUGGCGGAGGAUAUCCUGGAGGGUAUCAGCAAGUACAACCUGUUGUUGUUAUACCUAUUACAGGUGGACAUGGUGGAUACCCUAGCGGCGGCGGUGGCGGCUGCAGUACGUGUGGCGGUGGCGGCGGCGGCGGAAAGUCAUACGCUUCAGCAUCAGCGCAAGCGCAAGCGGGUUCCCAAUCGUGGGGAAAAUAAUGAAGAAAGUAGCAGUUAAGAACUUCGACACACUAUAUGCUGCCUGCGACGUCCAUGAACAAAACAAUUUUUUAAUGUAACUCUUUAAAACGUGAAACGCGUGAUUACGUUAAUCUGUUACGAUAUCAACAUUCGUCAUCUCGAUCGCCGAUCUAUUGUAACAUGCAUCUCAGACCGCCUAAAUAAAUUAAGAAAACAGUAAAAACGGGUUUGGUUUUAAUAAAAGCUCGGCACUCAUCGCGUUAUGUAUUCGUACGUGAACGAUUUCCAGGAAAUAAUCGCGGGUUCCAUCCGUGAUUGAUGUCCAUCGUUAAAAGGGGAGAAGCGCAACGCGUUAACGAGCUUCGUUUCGCAUGCCGUGUGCAUUGCCCAGUCGGCUUUAAUGCGCCUCCGUUUAUUCAUUUCAACUAGGCAUCUUCGAGGUACCUAUGUUUAUGAUAAUAAGAUAAUCGAUCACAUGUAUCGUAAAAUUGUUGAUUCGUACCAACGGCCUUGAAAUACUCCUGCCACGUAGAAAUCAUACUAAAUAAUGCAAUGGAUGCAGAGCGACAGAUUAACUGGAUAGUACUUAAACAGAAAGUUAGUUCUCCUUAUCAUACGACAUCGAAAUAUAUAUAAAGCGAGUAUUACUUGUUUAUCAUUAGUUUAAUCUACGACGCAUCGAGAGACUACUUUAUAAUUAGUACAACGAUAUGUGCAAUCAACAGUAAUUGCUUGAUUGAAUGUUUUUGCAAAACACUUACGUCUUAUGUUAAAAAAACAUUUUAAAACAAUACUGCGCUUUCAGAGCGUCGAGAAUAUAAGGAAUCAGUCGUAUAUUUAAGAAAACAAUUAAAGAGAAUAUCGCUGCUAAUUUA